AUGGAUGAUGGAGAAUCUGCCGCCCUUGACGGCGCCGCCGCCUGCGCUCUGCCCCCGGCCCGGCCGCGGCCGCGGUGCCGGGGCGGCGAGGCGGUGCUGCGCGCCCGCGCCGAGGCGGCCGGGUACCGGCGGCUGCUCCGCGCCCGCGCCGCCGAGGUGGAGGCGCUGCGCGGGGCCGUGGGCGCGCUGCACCGGCAGCUGGAGGGGCUGCGCGACCGGCGGAGCGGCGAGCUCGCCAAGUACCAGGAGCGGGUGGCAGAGCUGGAGCGGGAGAUCGGUGAGGCCGAGCAGGAGAUGGCCCGGUGCCUGCGGGAGUACCCGGCGCUGCUGCGGCUCCGCAUGGCCCUGGACGUGGAGAUCGCCGCGUACCGGGAGAUGCUGGAGGGGGAAGAGCUGCGCCUGGGCUCCGCAGCCCCAUCGUGACGGGACCCCCGGACUGCCCAGAUCUCCGUGCCGUGGGACCUCGGACGCCCGGGUCCCCCUGGGUCCCCAAAGCCCUGGACUUUGCUGCGGGAUCCCCAGAGCCCCAGGACUCCCAUGUGUCGGGACCCCCAGACUCCCAAGCCAUGGGACCGCUGGACCUCUGGACCCCUGGGCUCCUGGGACCCCUCGGACGCUGCCCUGGCACCCCGAGAGGGCAGUGCCCGCCGGGCCGCACACUCUCACCAGCCUCUCUGGAGCAGCAGCAGGGCCGGGGGCCCGGCCCCGGCCCACGUGGAAGCACCUCAAUAAACGCCCCGUGGCAUUACCCAGA